CCCCAGUAAAGAAGCCCGCACCUCCCGCGCAGGUGUGACAUUUUUUCGAGUGCCUCGCUCAACCGGAGCCGCCGAGAAGAUGACGGACGCCGCCACACCGCCAGACCCCGCCGCCGUCCCGGACCCGGUUGUAGUGGACCCCACGGUGGUGAACGGGCAGUGCGAGCAAACGGACUCCCAGCAGGAGCAGCAGCAGGAGCCCGACACAGAAAGUCAGGGAGAGGGUUUCAAGAUGGACCAGGAGAUGAAGAUAACGGACAGCGUGGAGGACGGAGGUCUCCUGGAAAGCAGCAUGCGCCUGAAGCCCCACGAAGCGCAGAGUUACCGCAAGAAAGUUCUGUGGGUGUCCUGGGUUUCCAUCGUGAUCACGAUCCUCCUGGCCAUCGCCGCUUUCACCGUUUCCAUCAUGCGCCACAGCGCGUCAGCGUUUGGAUUUGCUUUCAACGCCGUGCUGGACGUGUUGUCCUCUGCCAUUGUGCUGUGGCGGUACAGCAACGCCGCCGCCGUCCACUCGGCACACCGUGAGUACAUAGCCUGUGUCAUCCUGGGCGUGGUUUUCAUCCUGUCCUCCUUGUGCAUUAUGGGUAAGGCCAUCCACGACCUGACCACCAAGCUGCUACCUGAAGUGGAUGACUUCCUGUUCAGUGUGUCCAUCAUCAGCGGCUUGGUGUGCGUCAUCUUGGCUGUGAUCAAGUUCAUGCUCGGCAAAGUGCUCACGAGCCGCGCCCUCAUCACCGAUGGCUUCAACUCGCUGGUGGGGGGAGUCAUGGGGUUCUCCAUUCUCAUCAGCGCUGAAGUGUUCAAGCACGAGCCCCAGGUGUGGUACCUGGAUGGGACAACAGGUAUCCUCAUGGGUCUCAUCAUCCUCGCCUAUGGCGUCAAGCUGCUGCGCGACAUGGUCCCGCGGGUCCGGCAAACCAGGAACUACGAGCGCUUUGAGUGACGGGCCGCGGAGGGAGAAGAGGGUUUUUGGGAGGGAUGGCUGACCGACUGACGGGGUUAGAGUCCCCGCACUCCCUCCACAGACAAUCGCAUUGAGUCCUCGGGUUGCCAGCGGAGGCUUCAGUGUCUAUACAUUCUUUUGAACCGAGGAUCCGGGCCGAUGAUGGCUUCUUGCCGCCUUUUAAGUGUUUUACCACGUGAUACAUUUAAUAUAUCUUUGUCUGUCUUUUAACAGUAAAUGGGGCAGUAUGUUGUUUCACGCCUCCGUAUUUAAACAAGAUGGUUAAAAAGAUGGCGUCAAACCAACUCGACUCAGUUGUAGAAGAGACAAGCUUGGACUGCGGCGUACGGGAUACAUGUCUACACCAGAGUCCACAACUUCCGGAGAGGCAACGUUUAUUUGAAGUUGAUGUACAAUACCUCAGUUACACCUCAUCGCCCUGUCAAAACACUGCAGUUUAUUUUCCCAUGAUUCUUAGAGGCCUUUGCUCAGCCGUGCUAUAAAGUGCUCCCGUGUGGCAGGUGAGAGACUGAUGGAUGGAGCUGAUGUAGCAGUGGAGGAUUAAUGGCCUUUUACCUUUCCUUUAUCACGAGAGGACACAUCAAUACAAGGCUCGUUUGGCAAUGGGGAGCACUACGAGGCUCGGUAACACCCGAGUUACUGUUCACAGUAUUUAUCUCCACUGUUGCGCCGGUCCUGGACGAUAAGAAUCGUUUGGCAUCCAGUCGCAAAAGAGAGACAUUACCUCACUCCGCCUCCACUUUCCUGGAAACGCAUCAGAAGGGAAACGGCAGACUCUAGAUCAGUAGCUCCAGGUCGCCACCUUUUUGUUAUUUUUGAUUUUUUUAAGUUGACAUUGCGCCAUCUACUGAUCAGGAGAGGUACCUGCCGCACACGUGAUGAAUAUAUUUGCAUCUAAAACAGAAAGUUCCUGCACUAGAGACACAACUCUUUGUCGUCAUGGAUUUGAGCUCCAUCUGGCAUUGAAUGCACAAUAUGAUCUUUAUACUAGUCGAAGGCUACAAGAGCCAAUAAAAAGAGGAGCCAGAUCCGUCACACCCGAGAGAGUUCGAUCAAUAAUCAGUAGUAGACAAACAUUAUAUGUGCUCACCGUCUCUCCUCCACUGUAUCGCUUUAAACGCAGGUUAACCUGUUGUUUAUUCUAAUUGAGCUUAAUUGAUAAAGUCAAAGCUCUUGCUAAGUGCUUUUCACACUCUGAGCCAGUGGGUUGUUUGUGUGCUGGUUUAGCCAAUUUCACCAAUUUAGUUGGUGGCCAUUGAUGUGUGAAGGUUUCUUCUCAGUUGGACAGCUUUGGUUCCUUUGGGAUUUAGUAGAAGUGCUACUAGCAAGACGGAGGACAAUGUCUGAGACCAGUCAGUGGAAUCUGUGGUCUGGUCUGGCUUGAAGAACCAGGAAGUACCCGUAGUGAACGGACUACUUUCUGACAGCCGUGAAUGUUUUAAUUCAGUUUACUGUGAAGGGUUCCACUUUCAGUGCCGAUUGCUCAGGUAGUUAUUGACAGGAGACCCUAAGACACGCCCACUACUGGCCCGAGUGUCACCGACCAGUUCAGAGUUCACUGACUUGAACCUUUUGGGCCGUGUUUAAUCUUUUGGCUUCGUCACUUUUCCUCGUCUUGUUGUGCGUGAUGCUGAUGGCUGUUUGCAGGGGAACUGACCCCCAACGGGCAGUGAAGGUUUUGGACAACAGGCAAGUCAACAUUCACGACAUCGUGUCAACACGUCCUCUCUUAUCUGGAGAUGACGUUUGUUUCGGGAGUUUGUGGAGCGAUAGAACAGGUGAUCAUCAAAUGUUGAUCAUUUACAAAAGACAACCUUUUUCAGAGGGUAUUUUGAGUUGGGUCUGAUGUUAGUAGACCCUCCACAGCAGCUCUUCUUUUUUCUUUUUAAAUGGUGGUUCGUUUUACCCUGGCAUUUCAAUUUGCAUGUGUGAAAGAACACAAAUGACUUACUGUAGCACAGUGAGCAGGAGGCUGUUAAUUAGUAUUAGUGUUAUUUAUUAGUCUAUACUUAGUAUGCCAUCAAUAUGGAACCACACGUGAACUGACGUUUCUCUCCAUCCCAGCUGGGCUCCUUCCUGACUCUGUUAAGUGGAGCAUGACGUCAUUAUCAGGUGGUGCGUCAGCUGUCAGGCGACUGGUCGUCCAGACUAGAGGACGCUUCCUUCUUCAGUCACUGUAACCGGAUGUACACACUCUGCUGUGGGACUAGUUUGUACGGCGCGCAGUUGUGCCGGCGUAUUGAUUUGUUUCGUGUCACUUUUAUUUGAACACGAGUGGUAUUUUAAAAGUUGUGAGAACCUUUUGAGGUCUAUUUGUGGCUAAAAUGUUUAUGAGGCCCAAAUUUCACUCCAUUUGUGCUCAUUGUAUGACACAGACAGACGGACACUCUUCUGUAAUGAUGUAAAUACUGAAUCUGUAUUGCUGUGAUGUAAAACAAAUAUUAAACCAGAGUCUGAGCCUUUUGUCACAGAAAAAAGGUUUAUUUAAAAAUAAAGUUAUAUCCCUCUUACCCAUCAAGGACUGUGAAAACAA